AUUUUUAUUGGUGAGAUAUCCAUGUAUUUCAUCAAGUCAACCCGAGAAACUCUAAUUAUUCAAGAGAAAACUAUUUUGACUGGAGAAUGCUGUUACCUGAACCCACUGCUUCGAAGAAUAAUACGUUUUAUAGGAGUGUUUGCAUUUGGACUUUUUGCCACUGACAUCUUUGUAAAUGCUGGCCAGGUUGUGACUGGGAACUUGGCUCCCUACUUCCUGACGGUGUGUAAACCCAACUACACUGGGAACGACUGCAGGGCACACCACCAGUUCAUAAACAACGGCAACAUCUGCACUGGGGAUGUGGAAGUGAUUGAAAAGGCAAGGAGAUCCUUUCCAUCCAAACAUGCUGCUCUGAGCAUCUACUCAGCUUUAUACGCCACGAUGUACAUCACAAGCACAAUUAAAACAAAGAGCAGCAGGCUAGCCAAGCCUGUGUUGUGUUUGGGUACCCUGUGUGCUGCCUUCCUUACUGGGCUGAAUCGAGUUUCUGAGUAUCGGAACCACUGUUCGGACGUGAUCGCAGGCUUCAUCCUGGGCAGUGCUGUAGCCUUGUUUCUGGGGAUAUGUGUUGUCCAUAACUUUAAGGGCACUCACGGAGCUCCUUCUAAACCGAAGCCUGAAGAUCCACGGGGAAUGCCACUAAUGGCUUUUCCGAGAGUGGAAAGUCCUCUGGAGACACUGAGUGCACAGAACCACUCUGCCUCUAUGACUGAAGUAACCUGAGAUGGAAGAUUGGCAGCCGGAGCUAUUUUUUACUACCCUCCAGUACAAUAGUCCAAGACACACAGUUACUAAAUGUGUAACUGUGAUGACCAGUAUUAUGUUAUGUCUAGUUAGAGGCUAAUGUUUUGUACUUUUUUUGUAUGAGGAAGUGAUGUAGCUUGCCCUGAUUUUUUUGUCAGCUUUAAUAUUAUUAUGCCAGACUUUAAAAGCAAAACGAAAAAAGAACAAAAAAAACUUUUCUUGUUUAAAGUGUGCACUGAGGAACUACAUCUAUGGAAUUGUUGAUGUUGUUAUGUGAUAUUUGUACACGUUUUUUUUCUUUUCAGUUUUUAAUUUAUAUAUCUUGAAAAAAGAAACAUUCAUUUUUACCUUUUCUUACCGUAAGAAGUGCUUCUACCACUGGGUCAGAUUCCGAUCUCAGUAAGGUCAGCAUAGAUCUGAAGUAAUCUCAUAUAUUUAGUUCAUAUUAAAAUAAUGGUGAUCAGGAAUCUGACCUGAAUGAUACUAUCAACACGUAGCAAAAAUCCAUCCUUGAUUCAGUGGGCUACUUAAGUGUUCCCUAGGGAUGCAGUUUAGCCACCCAGUUUCCAGACUACUUGGCAGACUUGAAGCAUGUUCUUAAGCACCUCACUGAAUCAAAGCCUGAUUGUUCUGGUGUGGGUGAUUGUGCUGGUUAUUGAAGAAUAACUAAAACAACAUCCUCAGUCUGCAGUAUAGACAGACUGGACAUGAAAAUUUAUAGUAGUAGCUGAUAGCAUGUGAGCUGACUAUAUCAUCUCCCUAGAUCCUCAUUCCUCCCCGAGGCCCAGCUGAAGCUCCCGGUGAAACCUGGCUUCAGGAAUUGACUAUGGGGAUAUACAGCCACCACUGUGGAGCUGAGGCUGUGCUCUGAGUGUCUCAUCACUUCAUCAUAGAUUUGUGGGGUAACUAGUGACACUGUUGCAAAGUAAAAGUGGCACCACUUCUCCAGCAGGGUGGCAUUCUCUGGCAUUCCAGUUCGCAUGAACCAAGGAGCCUGUUUUGCCCCCCAAAGUGUAUUUUUCCCUGAGGGGCUUUGACAAGUUAAAAAAAAAAAUUAAACAAAAGAAAAUAAAAAGCUGACAGCCUGUAGUAGCGAUCUGCAUUUUUGUAAAUUCUGCCAAACAGAAUUUAUAUCAAAACUGCUAUUUUACAAUUUAAAAACUUUGUCUAAGGAUUUUAAAGACAAUUAAUUAAGUAUGGGUUGGGGGUGGGAGGGAAAGAAAAAAAAAGCCCAUUUACAAUGGCUAGAAUUGGGGCAAAGGCUUCAUUACAUGAUUUUUCACUGUUUCUAGGAUUUUCCUGCAUCUCAUUCUUUUAGCAUGGUGAUAACUGCUGUGUGUCUCCUUUAAAGAAUGGAGCUUGUCUCUGUACUUCUACUGGAAUGUUUACCUCACAUUUCCAUGUUGGUUCUUCUUGGCUUUUUUUUGUAAUUUUUUCCAAAACAGAAGCGAAAAAAAAUGUUCAAAAAAGCAAA